UGGAGAGCUAGAGAGGCAGUAGGAGGUCGGAAGGGAGGGACGGUGACCCGCUCUGGCCGGAGAGGGCCGGGGCGGGGCGGGGCCGGGCGGCGGGCGCGGCCGGACGGGAGUUCCCCGGAGAAGGCGCCUGCGGCCGGAGUCCCGUCCCCCAAGGCUUCUCCAGUCCCGGGUCUCAGUGCUGGGACGCUGCUAUGGACGACAUUUUUACUCAGUGCCGGGAGGGCAACGCGGUGGCGGUGCGCUUGUGGCUGGACAACACAGAGAACGACCUCAAUCAGGGGGAUGAUCACGGCUUCUCCCCCUUGCACUGGGCCUGCCGAGAAGGCCGCUCAGCAGUGGUUGAAAUGCUGAUCAUGCGGGGAGCACGGAUCAAUGUGAUGAAUCGUGGGGAUGAUACCCCCCUGCACCUGGCAGCCAGUCAUGGACACCGUGACAUCGUACAGAAGCUGUUGCAAUACAAAGCUGACAUCAAUGCAGUGAAUGAGCACGGGAAUGUGCCCCUUCACUAUGCCUGCUUCUGGGGUCAAGACCAGGUGGCAGAGGACCUGGUGGCUAACGGGGCUCUUGUAAGCAUCUGUAACAAGUACGGAGAGAUGCCUGUUGACAAAGCCAAGGCACCCCUUAGAGAGCUUCUCCGAGAACGGGCAGAGAAGAUGGGCCAGAAUCUCAACCGAAUUCCAUACAAGGACACAUUCUGGAAGGGGACCACUCGCACUCGGCCCCGAAAUGGGACCCUGAACAAACACUCCGGUAUUGACUUCAAACAGCUCAACUUUCUGGCAAAGCUCAACGAAAAUCAUUCUGGAGAGCUAUGGAAAGGCCGCUGGCAGGGUAACGACAUUGUAGUGAAGGUGCUGAAGGUUCGAGACUGGAGUACAAGGAAAAGCAGAGACUUCAAUGAAGAGUGUCCCCGGCUCAGGAUUUUCUCACAUCCAAACGUGCUUCCAGUGCUAGGUGCUUGCCAGGCUCCACCAGCUCCCCACCCAACCCUCAUCACACACUGGAUGCCAUAUGGAUCUCUCUACAAUGUACUACACGAAGGCACCAAUUUCGUUGUGGACCAGAGCCAGGCUGUAAAGUUUGCUUUGGACAUGGCAAGAGGUAUGGCUUUUCUCCACACACUAGAGCCUCUCAUACCUCGACAUGCACUAAACAGCCGUAGUGUAAUGAUCGAUGAAGAUAUGACUGCUCGAAUCAGCAUGGCUGAUGUCAAGUUUUCCUUCCAGUGCCCUGGGCGCAUGUAUGCACCUGCCUGGGUGGCCCCUGAAGCCCUGCAGAAGAAACCUGAAGACACAAACAGACGCUCAGCAGACAUGUGGAGCUUUGCAGUGCUUCUGUGGGAACUGGUGACACGAGAGGUACCCUUUGCUGACCUCUCAAAUAUGGAGAUCGGAAUGAAGGUGGCACUGGAAGGCCUUCGGCCUACCAUUCCACCAGGUAUUUCCCCACAUGUGUGUAAGCUCAUGAAGAUUUGCAUGAAUGAAGACCCUGCAAAGCGACCCAAAUUUGACAUGAUUGUGCCUAUCUUGGAGAAGAUGCAAGACAAGUAGGACUGGAUGGUCCCUGCCCAGACUCCAGAGGUGUCAAAACACGGUUGGGGGAGUGUACUUCCCCAAAGCUGAAGGCCUCUGGUUGUCUCCCAUCUCCAAUCAUGGUACUACCCCAAUUAUGGGGCUCAUCCCUGCUCCCAUUCCUACCACUGUAGCCCCAAAAGGGGCUUGGCUCAGAGCUUUGUCACUUGCCACAUGAUGUCUCCCAACAUGGGAGGGAUAAGCCCUGCCUGUCACAAUAAAGUUUAUUAUGAAAACA